AUGUCUGAUCAGUAUAACCAAGACAAGUUAAAUCAAGACUUUCAAAACGCAUCGCUUGGUGGAAACCAGUCUCAGCAACAGCAGCAACAGCAGCAGCAGCAGCAAAACUAUUUCAAUCCUAACCAGGCUCAAUCUUUUGUACCAACAGGUGGGUACCAACAAUUUCAAGCUUACCAACCACAACAACAAUAUGAUGCCUACAACUCUGGCCAAGGUGGAUACCAACCAAACUUCAACAACAAUAGAGGAGGCUACAACAGUAGAGGAGGCUACCAACAGUACAACAACAGAGGCGGAUACCAGCAAAACCAACUGUAUGGUGGCUAUCAGCAACAACAAUACGGUGGAUACCAGCAACAGCCAUAUGGGGGAUAUCAAUCUUACAAUCCACAAGCAUCUCAACCAGUUCAACAGCCAACUGGUAUGUCAUUAGCUGAUUUUGAGAAACAAAAAUCAGCCCAGCAAUCCUCAUUGAAUAAGCCAGUGAAAAAGACCUUGAAGUUGGCUCCAUCUUCAGGUAUCAAGUUGGCCAAGUCCGGUAAGAAAGAUGAUGCUAGUGCCACCCCACCUGCAGCUUCAAAAGAAUCCUCGCCUGCUCCUAGUGUAGACGAGAAGAAAAAACCAGAGGCUGAAGUUAAAGAACCAAAGAAGGAAGCCACUGUACCACCAGCUGCUUCAGCAGAAAAGCCAGUAAAGGAAUCAACACCAACUCCAAAAGAAACGACACCAGUCCCAGCGGCCAAGUCUAAGCAAUCUACCCCAGCAGCAACAAAAGCAAGCAACUCAGUGGCUGCUGAUGCUGUUGCCAAGGAGCAAGAAGAUGAAGUCGAUGAAGAGGUUGUCAAGGAUAUGUUUGGUGGUAAAGACCACGUGUCGAUUAUUUUCAUGGGUCAUGUUGAUGCCGGUAAGUCAACCAUGGGUGGUAAUAUCUUGUACUUGACCGGAUCGGUCGACAAACGGACAGUCGAAAAGUACGAGAGAGAAGCCAAAGACGCAGGUAGACAAGGUUGGUACUUGUCAUGGGUUAUGGAUACCAACAAGGAGGAAAGAAAUGACGGUAAAACAAUUGAAGUUGGUAAAGCCUAUUUCGAAACUGACAAGAGGAGAUACACUAUAUUAGAUGCACCUGGCCACAAAAUGUACGUUUCUGAAAUGAUUGGUGGAGCAUCUCAAGCUGAUGUUGGUAUUUUGGUCAUCAGUGCUAGAAAAGGUGAGUACGAAACUGGGUUUGAAAAAGGUGGACAAACAAGGGAGCACGCACUUUUGGCCAAAACCCAGGGUGUUAACAAGAUUGUUGUCGUGGUGAACAAAAUGGACGACCCAACCGUCAACUGGUCACAAGAAAGAUACAAUGAGUGUACCACCAAAUUGGGAGUGUUUUUAAAAGGUAUCGGUUACAACAAGGAAGAUAUUAUAUUCAUGCCUGUAUCUGGUUAUACCGGUGCUGGAUUGAAGGAAAGAGUUCCAUCCGCUGACUGCCCAUGGUACACGGGACCAUCAUUGUUAGAGUUCUUGGAUAAUAUGAGCACAGUUCACAGAAAAAUCAAUGGGCCAUUUAUGUUGCCAAUCUCAGGUAAGAUGAAGGAUAUGGGUACUGUGGUUGAAGGUAAAAUUGAAAGUGGUCAUAUUAGAAAAGGAGGUAAUUUGUUAAUGAUGCCUAACAAGUCACCAAUUGAAGUCAUUACCAUCUACAAUGAAACUGAACAAGAAUGUGAUACAGCAUUCAGUGGAGAACAAGUUCGGUUGAAAAUCAAAGGUGUUGAAGAGGAAGACUUGCAACCAGGUUACGUUUUGACAUCGCCAAAGAACCCAGUCAAGACAGUUACUAAAUUCGAGGCUCAAAUUGCCAUUGUUGAAUUAAAGUCAAUUUUGUCAAAUGGGUUCUCUUGUGUUAUGCAUUUACAUACGGCAAUUGAAGAAGUUACAUUUGUUGAAUUGAAACAUAAAUUGGAAAAGGGCACCAAUAGAAAAUCGAAAAAACCACCUGCAUUUGCCAAAAAGGGUAUGAAGAUCAUCGCCGUUUUGGAGUGUAAUGAACUUGUAUGUGCUGAAACUUAUAACGAUUAUCCACAAUUGGGUAGAUUCACCUUAAGAGAUCAAGGUACAACCAUUGCCAUUGGUAAGAUUACUAAAUUGUUGAAGUAG